AUCGGCUUUGGUGCACUUGCAAUGUGUGACGGAGAUGGGUACGCAGCGCGCAAGCUGCAUCUUCGGGGUGCACACGGAUGGAAAUUUGCGUUGUUGGCAACCGCAUCAGCAGGAGGGUGUCUUAUUACUCAGUUUUGGACGGUGGUGUCCAUCGGACUGGUCUAUACACAAAGAAACCAGAAGCAGAAGCGCGAGGAAAACUCGUUCUUCGAACGGACGAGGAUCGCAGUCUUGGAUUGCUAGAAGUAACUGGGCUCGGGCGCCUUCAACGGGGCAUUCGAUUUUCGUAAAUCGUAAAAACGCGGUCAUUUCAGGGAAUACGGAAAGCAGCGG